AUGAGAAAUAGGCUUCGGUUUUGCAUCGGUUACCAUGUCCACAUACUCAAACUGGGAUACCGUCUUCGUUCACUUGUAAAAUAUACAGUUGGGCACGUGUCCCUGUUGUCUGCCUUGGUUUGCGGUUGUAUGGCCAAUCAAAUGUUAACUACCAAACCCAUAGGAUCCUUUAUACUUUUGAUAGCUUGGCUAAUUGCCGUAUUUUCUUAUUGCCAUGCUGGUCAAAGGAUCAAAGACAAGAGUAUGUCCAUCGGCAAUGCAUUAUAUGAAUCCAAAUGGUACAACGCAGAUAAUGAGACUAUGAAAGAUGUGCAGUUCAUAUUAAUGAGAUGUCAAAAGCCGAUAUGCUAUGAAGCGAUACCUCUGGGAAUAAUCGAUUACCCCUUUUAUUUUAUGAUGAUCAAAACUGGAUAUUCUUAUUUCACAUUGUUAAACCAGUCUACACAGAUGUGA